AUGUCGAGGCCUCCCGGGGACUCGCUGCUCCUCACCGGCUUCCUGCUGGUCUCGCUGGCCGCCGCGCUCUGCAGCCUCCCGGGCAAGUGUUAUGGGAGUUCCAGCACGCUGCUCCCUGAGACCCUUCUCUUUGUCUCCACCCUUGAUGGAAGCUUACAUGCCGUCAGCAAACAGACCGGCUCCAUCAAAUGGACUUUGAAAGAAGAUCCUGUGCUUCAGGUUCCGAUGCAUCUGACAGAGCCUGCGUUCCUUCCUGACCCCAAUGACGGCAGCCUGUACACACUGGGGGGCAAGAACAAGGAAGGACUGACCAAGUUGCCGUUCACCAUCCCGGAGCUGGUGCAGGCCUCACCGUGUCGCAGCUCUGACGGCGUCUUGUACAUGGGUAAGAAGCAGGACGUCUGGUACGUGGUGGACCCGCUGACCGGCAUCAAACAGCAAACACUGACCGCGGCCUUCGCCGAGAGCAUGUGUCCGUCCACCCCCCUGCUCUACAUCGGCCGCACAGAGUACACCAUCACUAUGUACGACACCAAUAACAGAGAGCUGCGCUGGAACGCCACCUACUUCGAUUACUCGGCCUCCCUGCCCGACAAGGACACGCAAUACAAGAUGUUACACUUCGUGUCGAAUGGGGACGGGCUGGUGGUGACGGUGGACCAAGAGUCGGGUGACAUCCUGUGGAUCCAGAACUACGUCUCGCCCGUGGUGGCCGUGUACAUGUGGCAGCGCGAGGGCCUCCGGAAGGUUCCGCACACCAACGUAGGCACCGAGACCCUGCGCUACCUCACCUUCAUGUCCGGGGAGAUGGGGCGCAUCACCAAGUGGAAAUACCCCUUCCCCAAGGAGACGGAGACCAAACACAAACUGAUGCCGACGCUGUAUGUGGGCAAAUACUCGACCAGUCUGUAUGCGUCCCCGUCGCUGGUACACGAGGGCGUGGCCGUGGUGCCCCGGGGCAGCGCGCUCCCCCUGCUGGAAGGCCCGAGGACGGAAGGGGUUACGAUCGGAGACCGGGGGGAGUGUGACAUUACCCCCAGCACUGACGUCAAGUUUACCCCAGAAGUGAAACACGCGAUGGACCAUCUGAGAAACCAAUGGCUGCUGAUCGGUCACCAUGAAAUACCCCUGGCGGCCCACACCAAGAUGCUCAACAACUUCCCUGAGAACUUACAGAAGGUUCCGGACGCUGUGAUUCCCACCCACCCACAGAACGAGAGAUUUGAGGAGCUUCUCCCACAUAUGGAGGCUGUGGCUGGAGAUUGUGAGCUGCUGAGGGAGCUGGAGGAGACGUAUGGCCGGCAGCAGGCCCCGCGCCAGGCAGCUGUGGACUCUGUGCUGAAGGACAUGGCCACCAUCGUCUUCAGCACCUUCCUGCUGGCCGGCUGGGUUGCCUUCGUCAUCACCUACCCCAAGACAGUGCAGCAGCAGCAGUUAGAGGAACGGUUGGAGCUGAUGCAGCAGCGACAGCUCCUCUUCCACCCUCCGAUCCUUGGCCCCGACACACAUUUCCUGGACACUUCCCGGGCCCGGACGGAAAGUUCCAGCACCAACACCCCCAACGUGUCCAACCAUUCGCUCCACUCCAGCCACUCCCUCUCCGACUUCGGCAGCUCAGCCACCGAGCAGGAGGAUGGAGAUGACGACUCCAACAUUGUGACCGUGGGGAAGAUUUCCUUCAACCCGAAGGACGUACUGGGCCACGGAGCUGAAGGCACCAUCGUCUUCAAGGGCAGGUUUGAUGAUCGGUCGGUGGCGGUGAAGCGGAUCCUGCCCGAGUGUUUCAGCUUUGCCGACCGGGAGGUGUGCCUGCUGCGCGAGAGCGACGAGCACCCCAACGUCAUUCGCUAUUUCUGCACCGAGAAGGACCGGCAGUUCCAGUACAUCGCCACUGAGUUGUGUGCCGCCACGCUGCAGGAGUACGUUGAUCAACGGGACUUUGAGCGACACGGACUGGAGCCCAUUCCCCUGCUACAGCAAACCAUGUCUGGCCUGGCGUAUCUGCACUCGCUCAAUAUCGUCCACAGGGACCUGAAGCCACACAACAUCCUGAUCUCGAUGCCCAACGCCCACGGCAGAGCCAAGCCGCUGAUCUCUGACUUCGGGCUGUGUAAGAAGCUGGCGGCAGGUCGGCACAGCUUCAGCCGCCGUUCAGGGGUGCCGGGCACCGAGGGCUGGAUCGCCCCCGAGGUGCUGAACGAGGACUGCCCGGCAAACCCGACGUGUGCGGUUGACAUUUUCUCUGCGGGCUGUGUGUUCUAUUACGUGGUGUCUGAGGGCGGCCACCCAUUCGGGAAAGCUUUACAGCGACAAGCGAACAUCCUGCUCGGCGUCUACACCCUCGAGCACCUGCAGCCGGACACCCACGAUGACAUUAUCGCCCGGGACCUGAUACAGCAGAUGCUGAGCGUGGAGCCCCCACGGCGGCCGUCCACACUGAGCGUGCUCAAACACCCCUUCUUCUGGAGCCUGGAGAAGCAGCUCCAGUUUUUCCAGGACGUCAGCGACCGGAUAGAGAAGGAGCCUCCGGACGGGUCAGUGGUGAGGGAGCUGGAACGCGGAGGCCGGAGUGUGGUACAGGGUGACUGGAAAGAACAGAUCACGGUGCCUCUGCAGACAGAUCUUCGGAAAUUCCGAUCCUACAAAGGUAGCUCAGUGCGAGACCUGCUGCGAGCGAUGAGAAAUAAGAAACAUCACUACAGGGAGCUGCCGCAGGAUGUGCAGGAGAGCCUGGGCUCGGUCCCCGAUGAUUUUGUGCGUUACUUCACCUCCCGCUUCCCUCACCUCCUGCUGCACACAUACCGAGCCACCAGCGUCUACAGCCACGAGAGACUCUUCCACCCUUACUACUGCCAGGCGGCCGAGCACAGCCAGACAGCCCCGGGCAGCCAGGACGACGGAUUGCUGUAACGCUGAGCGCAAGGCGACACAGUGAAGCUGUGAAUUUGCUGCGAGACGCGUUCUAGCCAUGGCCCCCGCUGGCCGGAGCAGUGCGAGGAGAGACUGAGUUUGGCAAAGACGACUGACUCGGAACCUGGACGUGGCCAAAGAUAAUAAGUGCCUUACUUAUGGUGGGGGGUGGAAAAAGCCUCCCAGCUGUUUGUGAAAGGAAACCUGACCCAGAGAAGAAAAUGAGGGUUCCUGCGGCUUUUACAAUGACAGGAACAUCUUUUAACACGUGCGAGCGAGGAGGGUGUUUGAGGGGAAAGGGAAAGGGUGGAAAGGAAAAAACUCUCUUCUUGAACUUUUUCCCUCAGAGUCUAUUAAAUCAUUCCAUGGUUUAGGGAAUUGUUUUUGAACGAUGGUAGAAGGACAUGGAAUGUGACGGGGGCUGCGGAGGGAAGCUUCAGUCUCUGGGGUGGGGAGGAGAUGGGGGGUUGUGCUGAUUGUGGGGGGGCUUUCUAUGCUGGGGUGGGCUUCGCUUGGAGAUUGGGGUGAGACAGACGUUCACAUUGACACGUUAAGAACAUAAGAAUUUGCUGGCGAAAGAAGAACAAGGUCCAUCUCGUUCACCUUCCACCAUCCUGGUAGUCGCUUGACAUGCUUUGUCCUAAACCAUAUAAGAACAUGUGGGGUGAGGUGGGGUGUCCCGGGCAGCAACCAAACCCUCUCUGGUUGGCCUACAAAGCAAAUGUUUCCAGAUUUGAAUAUUUCUUGGUUUUGUGGCGACAAAAUAACAUUGAUCUAAAUUUCUAUGAUUACUGUGUUGGCCAACCAGAAAGGUCCACUGCUAGUCCUGAAGAUAUAUUUAGCGCUUAGCAUUACUGGGGGCAUGUUCAUGUCUGGGGUCCAGAUUUCAGCUUCAGUCUCGCGUUCACACGUUGUGCCCAUAAACAGGAAGCGACUUUCCCCGUUAAUUAAAAUCACAGAAUGGAAUCUCCGAUGGUGAGUAAGAACCAUCUCGCGGCAGACGUGAUGCCCAGGCUGGGCUGGACCAGCUGGGAAGAUUGUAGGGCUGUCGUUGGUCCCAGUGGGAGGGAAGGGGGAAAAACAGUAUUGAAAUGGGAGACUUUUUCCCUCUCUCUCACUUAGCUCCUUCCCCCCAUCCCCACCGCACUGCUCAAGAUUCCUUGUUUAACGACACAAACAACACUUCACCCCAAACCCCCAGCACUGGCACUGUUGGUCCGAUUCAGUGAGAGAUGUCACCACAGAACCUUACUUAUUCCCUAUGAGGUUUAUUUCACUUUAAAUCUACAGUCACGAGCACAGAAAGUGUUGUGAAACAAUUCGUUUUCUGUGAGAAGAUGUUGGCCCGUUUCCCAGCACUGUCUGCGGGUAAUUGUGAAAACAAUCAUUUAUGAUAUCCAAAAGGAGUAAGUUAUUUAUUUAUUGGGGGGGGGGGGAGGUAUUUUUGUACCUGAAUGUCUAUAAAGUUUUGCUUUUUAAUAUGUGCUGACUGAGGCCUCUAGAUUUAAGGUGAAUUUGAUCCAUCCUCUGGUUCUGUUUCUUGGCCAUGUUGUGUGUUUCCAUGAACAUGUGGGAUUCGUGCUGAUUUGCUGAUUGUGAUGGGGGAAAAAAGGGACAAAACAUAUGAAUAAUUUAUCUCCACUUUCUUUUUUUUUAAACGAAAAGUUUCGAUGUGAACAUUGUUCUUCUUGACGUUUGUUUUUAAAAAGUACAAAGAUUAAUAAUGUAAUAAUAGUAAUUCUUGCAUUUGAUAUAGCGCCUUAUCACAUCGUUGAGACGUCUCAAAGGGCUUCACAGGAUAUUCUGUAAAGUGGAUUGAUUGGGUAUUUUGUGGGCGAGGCGAGGAUUCCAAUCUGGACCAUUUAACGCUUGCUAUUAAUCAUUUUAAAAUAAAUUAACUUGUUAAAAAAAAACUAAAUGAAACUCUUUCGCUCGUUCCGAAUAACUCCCAGAAGUUUUAGUUGUUGUUUCAAGUCUUCUGUUAAAUCCCUCUCUCGACUGUUGUCCGUUACAGAUCUUGUGAUAUUUUAGUGGUUUUCAAUCUCUAAGCUCAUGAAUUCCUCUACGGCUAUUCAUCAGAUACUGACAUGUUUGUCUCAUCUUCCUGCAGGCAAAUUAUUUGCCAGGGUGUUACCUGUGUAUGGGUAAUCCAAUUAUGUUUAAAAGGUUGAAUUUGUUGUAGAAAUAAUUGGCACUAAACAAUCUCGUUAAGACAGGGUUUUCUGUCCUCAAAUGUCGGUAUCCCUCACACACCAGGGGUUAUCCUCCCCACUGCAUCUCAGCACUGCACUGUUUUAAGCUGCUGUGCAGAGACUGUACGGGAAAGAAUCGGGGAGAAGUGACUUCACUGUGUAAAGCUGUGCAAGGGGAUUGACUAUCUGUCACUAAUUACACAUGGUUGUGCGGGUUCCACCACUGAGCCAGGAUAUGUUGGUGCCUGGCCUGGAGAGGUGCACAAUUGUUUGAGAGAGUCGAUUUAUUUAUUUAUUGAAGAGACUGAACAUAACACUGGUUGUGACUCUCAGGAGGGUCUGCUCCAGAGACUACAUUUGGCACGUGCUCAUUGUCAGCUUUUGUCCAAUUCCUGUUUUGGUCGGACGGAUGUGGAAAUUAGUCGCUGCUUAUAUUUUUUACCUGAGAUGCUGCAGUAUUUUUCUAUUAGGUCUUGUCUUUCACAGGUGCAAACCCCACAGAUGUUUUGUUUUCAGCCAAAGUGCUUCGAAAUAAUGUGACAAUAAAAUGUCCUCAAAUUGGAACUUCCUGUCAGAUUUGUUGAUUUGACAGAAACUGUUUGCGGUGAAAUUAACACAUCAGAACCUACAUUCCGUGACUUCUUGUAAACCGUGUAACAGCAAGCCCAACAUUGCCUUGAAUGUACGGAGCCUAUGGGAUUCUUUGCAGUGAGUUUGAUUGUGCAAUAGCUGUUUUUCUCUGACAGAAGAUACAGAGCUACAACAGCAAUUGUGGUUACACUCUGGGAUGCUACGCUGCAUGAGGUACGCUAUAUAAAUGCAAGUUUUUGUUACACACCAUCAGGUCACUGGGUUGGUAAGGACCAGUGAUGAAUUUCGCACUGUGAGAGCCUGAGAAACGUGAGUUCUGCUUUUAGAAUAUUGCUACAAAUCCAUUUUUUUAAAAAAAAAGAUUCAGAAUGUCUGCAAUGCUGAGGGUGUAAGUGCUCUCUCUCUCGCUGUUUUACUGGGGCAGUUUACAUGUCGAUGAUUCAAUACAUGUGUCUGGGUCUUGGGAGCUUCCAGUGGUAAAAUCGUGCUUCAGACUAUUGGGAAUGUAAUUUUUUUUACUAUCUCUGGGUUAAUGCAAUAAAAAAUGAAAAU